AUGUCAGACAGUCAUUCAGUAAUGUUCAAUAUUCUUAAAAGAAAUAGAUUAACAUCUCCCAGCAGCAAUUUUAAAUACUCCAAUUUUAAAGACACAUGUUGCACUUCAGUAUUUUUGGACAGCAGAAGCAAUGAGUCAGUAAAAGAUGCUGAUGUAGAACAUAAAGAAGCACUGAGUGUAACAAGUUUAUCAUUGCUACAAGAGCAUUCUGAGCGCAUUCAUCCAAAUGCCCUCUUUCCUGUGUCAUCAUCUAUUGAAAAUGAAAUGAAUUCUAUCUCCUUAUCAGAAAGAAGAGAAGCAAAUAGAAGUGCAGAUUUUUUUGAAACUCCUAAAGUGAGUAGAAAAGGCUCCUCACUACGCAGGAGGCUGCUUUUAUCUAAGACUGUUCCAGCUGGCACAAGUGUAGGAUGCUGUGAAAGACAAGCUAGUUCUUCAGGAAGCAGCAGGAAAAAAAUAUUCUCUUGUGUUUUAAGCGCCGAAGAAAAACUUUCACAAACUGCUUCAGAGUCUCCAAAAGAUGAAAGUUACAAACCUCUGACAACUAGCACUUCGAAAACUGAGGACUCUAAUCCCGAUUGCCCAAAACGGAGACUUUCUUUUUCACAACAAAGGACUUCUACACUAGAUGAGUCCAAAUGUCAAGACCCCUUAUUGCUAGAACCAGAAUGUUUAUCUCCAAUUCAGUGUAAGGGUGUUAUUGUUAGUAAUGCUAAUGAAUUCAAUGAAAGUGUCCUUAUGAGUGUUAGUGAUGGGUUGCUUAGGACUCCUACUUACAGUGUGUUAUCUGAGGCCAAUGAGGGUAAGUUCCUGACUUCUAUCAACAAUCUUGUAGAGAACGUUAACUUUGAAACAUGCGAUAUAAACUCUCCCCCUGUUAAGCUGGCAAGUUACCUAGAUCUUUCAACACCUGAGGAUAGUGGAUAUAAUUCACUUCAUUUGGACAAAUCGGGAGACUUAUUGUCUGAUCAUGAGGGAUCUUUCCAAGAGUUCUUCCAAAAACGUAAAGAAGGUUCCAAAAUUCUGGAUAGUAAAAGAAAGACAAGAAAACUUGAACGAGUUAGAAGGUUAUCCACUCUUCGGGAACAAGGCUCACAGUCAGAGACAGAAGAUCAUCAUGGCAGUCCUUCUACUUCAGCAUGUAUGUUAACAGAAGAACGAAACUUUGUCGGGGAAGACCAUGCAUUAGUUUUAGAAGAACAGCCUAGUGGAGACCUAGUUGUAAGUCAUGGAGAUCUCUCAAGAACUCCAGCUCUGAAAAUAGUUCAUGAAAUUUGCUUGCAAAGACAACGAUCAGACCAAAAUAAAAUAUCAGAGAAUAUUGAUGGAACAGAAAUAUUUGCAUUAGAACAUGUUCUUGCUGGACUUAUUGGCAAGAAAAUGGGCCUUGAAAAAUUAGAUAUUUUAACAGAAUUAAAAUACAGAAAUUUAAAACAUGUUCUUGCUAUAGUUUUAGAUGCUUUGACAGUGGAAAGUCUAUGCAGCAUUUGGAAAGUAAGCAAAAACUGGCGUGAAAUCAUUGUACAAGAUAAAAGUGCAGAUAAGAGGAGAAAGUUAUACAUAAAACACCUGAAAGAAGAAGCUGGGGAAUAUUUCUUGAAAGCUGAAGAUGCUGCCACACGACUUAAUGUUCUCAAUAGAUCUGCUCUAAGGCCUGUUCAAGCUCAAGCCAGAACUCCUGUAGUACAAACACCACCUUCAUACACUGAACUUACACCUAGGAGAUGCAAUUCUGUUCCCCAUUCAACUAGUAGACAGGAAGAAUACAUAAAGGUUGCUAAAACUCUGUUCACUGACGAAGCUCUAAAACCGUGUCCAAGAUGUCAAUAUCCUGCUAAAUAUCAAUUGGUAAAGAAACGGGGACUAUGUAGCAGAGAGGCAUGUGCAUUUGAGUUCUGUAUUUUAUGUCUGCAUGCUUUCCAUGGGUCAAAAGAAUGUAAUAGUUUAUCUGCAAAAUGGAAGAACAAAAAAGAUGCUCCUCCAGGAAGUGCCCAAAGCAAAAGAAAUUUAAAAAGACUCUAA